UGGUGGCCUGACCCUGUCCCCACAGCCAUGAGCCGCCGUGUGGUGCGCCAGAGCAAGUUCCGGCACGUGUUCGGGCAGCCGGUGAAGGCAGACCAGAUGUACGAGGACAUCCGUGUCUCCAAGGUGACAUGUGACAGCUCCUUCUGCGCUGUCAACCCCAAGUUUGUGGCCAUCAUUGUGGAGUCCGGUGGUGGUGGGGCCUUCAUUGUCCUGCCUCUUGCCAAGACAGGACGGGUGGACAAGAACCACCCGCUGGUGACAGGACACACGGCGCCCGUGCUGGACAUCGACUGGUGUCCCCACAAUGACAACGUCAUCGCCAGCGCCUCGGAGGACACCACCGUCAUGGUGUGGCAGAUCCCUGACUAUGUCCCCGUGCGCAACAUCACGGAGCCUGUGGUGACACUGGAGGGACACUCCAAGCGGGUGAGCAUCAUCUCCUGGCACCCCACCGCCCGCAACGUCCUGCUCAGCGCAGGCUGUGACAACCUGGUGAUCCUCUGGAACGUGGGGACUGGGGAGAUGCUGCUGGCUCUGGAUGACAUGCACACUGACCUCAUCUACAACGUGGGCUGGAACCGCAACGGCAGCCUGCUCGUCACCACCUGCAAGGACAAGAAGGUCCGUGUCAUCGACCCCCGCAAGCAGCAGAUCAUAGCGGAGAAAACCAAACCGCACGACGGCACCCGCCCCAUCCGUGCCAUCUUCGUGGCCGAUGGCAAGAUCUUCACCACGGGCUUCAGCAGGAUGAGCGAGCGGCAGCUGGGCCUCUGGGACCUGGAGAGGUUUGCCCCCCACGAAGGGCUGAGGCCUGUGCGGGCCAUCUUCACACGGGAAGGACACAUCUUUACCACGGGCUUUACCAGAAUGAGCCAGCGGGAGCUGGGCUUGUGGGACCCGGUAACGAGGCCGCAUGGAGUGCUGCCCUGGGAACUUGGCCCCCCUGCCAACCCCCCUGCCCCAGGAUGGCAUGUCCUCUGCAUCCCCCUCCCAAAAGAUGCCAAGUUCCUGAGUGUGCCGUGCUGUGCUGGGGAGGGGGCUGGGGAGCAGGGGCUGUCCUCCUGA